GUUGAGGUCACAUGAAAAAAGUGUCAGAGAGACUGAAUUCGAUCUUUUUUCAGAGCAAUAUCGAGUGUGUCCUUUCAUAAAAAGACAUUUGGAAUGUUGUGGAAUAUAUAAUUAUCGUUUCUUUUAAUUGUCACUCUGAAAUUCCAGCUUUUAUAUAUUUUAAAAAAACAACAAAAACAUAAAAAUAUCCAGCGAUUGUGUUUUUCAUAGUUUUCUUUAUACGCAGGGUUGUUUUUUGCGUGACCAGGCACUGAAAGCGUUUCUUUUUCAGGCUUACAAACUUUUUCACAACUUUGAAGGACAAGCGUUCGAGGCGCACCUGAAGGCACCAAAAGUCUCGGUCAAUUAGCAGAGUUUAGACGGAGAGGACUGGAGAGCCUGGAGUCGGUCUCUGAGAGGGAGCGCUCCUCCAAUGACCAGCUAAAAACGCCCCACUGCUCCGACUCACAUCUGCGGGGGUGGGGAGUCCACAAGUUGACUUUGGAUCUUGGAGGUAAAAAAAAAAAAAAAAAAAAAAAAAGAAGAAGCAUGGGAUUCGAGCUGGACCGCUUCAAGGGGACCGUGGACCCGGAUUUCAAAUGCAACUUGUGCAAUAAAGUCCUGGAGGACCCGCUGACGACUCCGUGCGGCCACGUCUUCUGCUCCGGCUGCGUGCUGCCCUGGGUCGUCCAGCAGAGCAGCUGCCCCGUCAAAUGUCAGCGGAUCUCCACCAAAGAGCUGAACCACGUCCUGCCCCUGAAAAACCUCAUCCUGAAGCUGGAGAUCAAAUGUGACAACCACGCGCGGGGCUGCGAUGCGGUGGUGAAGCUGCAGCAUCUGGCCGAGCACGCCGAGAUGUGCGAGUACUCCCCGGCGAAGUGCAGGAAUAAAGGAUGCGACGAGACGCUCAGCCUGAGGGACAUGGAUGCUCACAUGCGGGAGACGUGCGACUACAGGCCGGUGGGGAUUUGCGAGGGCGGCUGCGGGCUGAUGCUCACCCACCGGGAGCAGAGACUGAACAGCCACUGCUGCCUGAGAGCCCUGAAGGCGCACAACAACGCGCUGCACCUCAAGAUCAUCAUCCUGGACAGGGAGUUCAAGAAGCAGACCAUAAAAGCCAACAAGAGGGAGAAGUCGCUCCUGGCGCAACUUUCCGCCGUGCACAGCGAGCUGCAGAUGACAGCGCUGAAAUAUCAGAAGAAAUUCACCGAGUACAGCGACAGGAUCGACUCCCUAACCAAGACUGUGGCUUUCUCCUGCAAGGAGGGCGAGACUAAAAGCGUGACGGUUGUCCUUCUUCGUGAGGGCGGAUCUCUGGGUUUUAACAUCAUAGGAGGAAGGCCAUGCGCGGACGACAGUGACAGCACUUCAAAUGAAGGGAUCUUCGUAUCCAAGAUUGUAGAGCAAGGUCCAGCAGACAAGGAGGGAGGCCUUCUAAUCCACGACAGAAUAAUAGAGGUCAAUGGCAAGGACCUCUCCAAGGCCACCCAUGACCAGGCCGUGGAGGCCUUCCGCACGGCCAAGGAGCCCAUCAUGGUCCAAGUCCUGCGCCGAGCCCCUUACCCCAAACUGGUCAGCCCCGUCAGCGACACCCAGGUCUCGGACAUCAGCACCCAGACCGACAUCACCCUCCAGCACAUCAUGGCGCUCACCAAGCUGCCCCCCUCCUCGCCCCCCAUGACGGAGCUGGAGGAGUAUCUGCUUCCAGAGGAGCACCCCGCUGGGCACGAGUACUUCGACCCCAACGACUUCCUCGAGGGCAUGCAGCAAGACAUAGAGCGCGAGGAGCUGGAGUACGAGGAGGUGGAUUUGUACCGAGCCAACAUCCAAGACAAGCUCGGCCUGACGAUCUGUUACAGGACCGACGACGAGGACGAGGCGGGGAUCUACAUUAGUGAGAUUGAUCCGCACAGCAUUGCUGCAAAGGACGGUAGAAUCAGAGAAGGUGACAAAAUCAUCCAGAUAAACGGUGUUGAGAUCCAAAACCGUGAGGACGCCGUUGCACUACUGACCAGUGAAGGCAACCAGAAUAUCUCUCUGCUGGUGGCCAGACCAGAGAUCCAGCUGGACGAGGGCUGGAUGGAUGAUGACAGGAACGACUUCCUGGAUGACCUCCACAUGGACAUGCUGGAGCAGCAGCACCAUCAGGCCAUGCAGUUCACCGCCAGCAUGCUGCAGCAGAAGAAGCACGAAGAGGACGGAGGCACCACGGACACGGCCACGCUGCUCUCCAACCACCACGAGAAGGACAGCGGCGUCGGCCGCACGGACGAGAGCACGCGAAACGACGAGAGCUCGGAGCAGGAGAACCUCGGCGACGACCAGACCACGGCCUCCAACACGCUGGGCAGCUGCAGAAAGCUGACGUACAGCCAGGACACCCUCGGCAGCACCGACCUGCCCUUCAGCAGCGAGUCGUUCAUCUCGGCGGACUACGCCGACGCCGACUUCCUGGGCAUCACGGCCGACGAGUGCGAGCGCUUCCGAGAACUCCUGGAGCUGAAGUGUCAGAUGAGGAGCGGCGGAGCCCAGGGCCUGUACUGCCAGGGCGGAGGGGCAGAAGGUCAGGACCCGGAGGGGGUGGACAAGGAGCUGGAGCUGCUCAACGAGGAGCUGCGCACCAUCGAGCUGGAGUGCCUGAACAUCGUGCGCGCUCACAAGAUGCAGCAGCUGAGGGAGCAGUGCCGCGAGUCCUGGAUGCUCCACAACAGCGGCUUCCGCAACUACAACACCAGCAUAGAUGCUCGACGCCAUGAGCUGUCAGACAUCACAGAGCUGCCGGAGAAAUCCGACAAGGACAGCUCCAGCGCCUACAACACGGGCGAGAGCUGCCGUAGCACCCCUCUGACUCUGGAGCUGUCUCCAGACAACUCUCUUCGUCGGAGAGCAGAGAACCAGGGUCCGGCCGGACCGUCGGCCUCCACGGGCUCCAACGGCCGACUGCUCAAGCCCCUCCUGUCCCCUGUGCAGGAAGUCUGCGGCCCCAGCCGGAGCAGAAGCUCCUCCAAAGAUCUGGACGCAUCCCCGCAAGCUGAGAGCAAGGAUAGGAAACCGGGAGAGUCCAGCAAGAGCGGGCGUGGCUUCUCCCAGCCACAUUCACCUUACAAACACGCUCACAUACCGGCCCACGCCCAGCACUACCAAAGCUACAUGCAGCUGAUCCAGCAGAAGUCGGCCGUGGAGUACGCCCAGAGCCAGAUGAGCCUGGUCAGCAUGUGCCGGGACGCCAUCGCCCCCGGUGACCUGGAGCCCAAGAUGGAGUGGAAGGUGAAGAUCCGCAGCGACGGCACGCGCUACAUCACGAAGCGGCCCGUCCGGGACAAGCUGCUGCGGGAGCGCGCCCUCCGGAUUCACGAGGAGCGCUGCGGCAUGACCACUGACGACGACGCCAUAAGCGAGCUGAAGAUGGGCCGCUACUGGAGCAAGGAGGAGAGGAAGCAGCACGCCGUGCGCGCCAAGGAGCAGAGGCAGCGGCGCGAGUUCAUGAAGCAGAGCCGGGCCGACUGCCUGAAGGAGCAGCCCGGCCCCGAGGACAAAAAGGAGCCCAACAUCAUCGAACUCAGCCACAAAAAGAUGAUGAAAAAGAGGAAUAAAAAAAUAUUUGACAACUGGAUGACCAUCCAGGAACUGCUGACCCACGGUACCAAGUCACCAGACGGCACAAGGGUUUACAACUCGCUCCUGUCUGUGACCACAGUCUAAGUUCUCCUCUAGUUCAGGUGGCAGGGCGGACCGUACUGGGCUGUACAUAGGACACUACCAGCCGGGGUAGAGAUUCCUGCCUCGUUCAAUGUGGCAAACAUUGUGUAAAUAGGAAAUAAGGAAAGCCUUUUUUCUGGACGAGCACUUUCCACCACAGCGGUGAAGAGAAGCUCCUUUCACGAGGGUUGGACGUAAAUUUGACACGGCUACUAUACGAAGAUGAUUUUGCAAACGUUUUUCAGUAACCUUUUCUACCUUUGCUUGCUAUUUUUGGAUAUUUUUGCAAACAAAAAGACAAUAGUUUGACUUUUUGGAAGGUUUUUGAAAGUGUGUAAAGACCGUGUGCCAAACAUAAACAGCCAGCAUUUACACUAUUUUACAUAUUUUGUGCAUACUAUAUAUCUCUUAUCAGUAUUUUACUGCUAAACAUACGUAAUGCUUUUUUUUUUCUCCUGCAACGUAGAACACAUAACCCUUUUCAAAAAGGACUUUUGUAAAUUAAAAAAUUUUGUAUCAAAUUCACUUUUUUUUUUUUUUUUAGUUUUAAUUUCUCUCCAAUGGUGCUGAUUUCCCAAAGUUAAAUACCAGCAGCGAUGUACCAUCUGUUACAUGAUGUAGAGAACAUCUUACCAUCUUAUUAUUGUGUAUGUAGUAGGUAUACUCAGAGAACUGCGUUCCCCACAUUGUUGAAAAUGAAAUGUCCGUGUUUGUUAAAAGCACACAUCGUAGUCGCUUUUUGUAGGGUUUCAUGUAUCGAGCAGAAUAACCGCUUAACGAAUCCUUAGUUAGAAUCACAAUUUGAUGUCUUGUAAAAUGAGAGAAAUAAUAAAUUAUUGUUUUAUAUAUGAUGA